GCAACGCAACGCAACCCUUCCCCGCUUCAGUCUCCAUGGCAACCGAGUGACGCUCCGAGCAGCGGCCAUGAAAAAGUUUGGUUUUGUCGUGAUUCCGUAAAAGAAAAACUACAAUUAGCUAACAGCCAUGUCCAACAGCUGUAAGCCAAAUUCUCAAAACUAUGGGAGCGACAUCCACCGUCUGCUGCUGGCUGCUGAAGCUGGACAGAAGGCUGAUAUCCUGUGCUAUUCCUCAGGCCAUCUGGGGCCUCGCAGCCUCGAUCAGCCUCACAGGGAAACGAAGCAGUUUUUCUGGAGGAGCCUAGAGGAAACACCCCUGACCCUCCAGCAGAAACAGAUAAAGAUUCUACCUGGUGUAAAGAAGAGAGAAAAGAAACAGCCUUUGUCAGAGGUCACAGCAGUAGAAUCUGGGUUGUUGAGAUCUAGACAGUAUCAGGCUGCUGAAUGUUCAUCACAUGCAGACAGAAGAGAAGAUAUAAAGCCACCUGAGAUACUUUAUCCUUCCUUAGAGCCUUCCCCGAUCCAACUGAGAGCCCGUUCUCAGAAAAAGUCCAGCUCUGAAUCUGAUCCUGAGCAGAAUCAUCUGUUUUGCUCGAGCCAUUUGGACAAGGAAGGCCUGAAUAAAAAAGACCAGCUAGAGAUGAAGCAACAGUUUAGAAAGCAAGUCUUACCCAAGCAGGACCUCUGGGCUGGAACAGAUGUUGCUGAAAUGCAUGAGAGGAAACUGCAAAAGGAGCUGAGUAAGUUGUCAGCGCAGAGCAGGCCCAGCAGAGAGCGCCUUGCGGUGUUCAGUGACGUCUUUGAUGAUGUAUGUGAAGGCUCGCCAGUAUUUGGACGCAUCCUGAGGGAAAUUAAGACUGAUUAUGAUUUGUAUGCCAACCACUUGAUGGCUUUGCAUUCAUCUCCAGACAAUAUGUGGCUGAAUACUUCACUCAAAGAUCUUGGGAAGGGCAAAUUAGGUAAAAUGGAGCUGAAUGAUGCUGAAAACGAGGUCUGCAGGCUGGAGGGGGAGGCCAGAAGAUCUCAAGAAGAGAAUAAACGAGUCCAAAAUGAAUUGCGGAGCCUUCAAGGUACUACAAGCCCCGAGCACAGUGACGGGAAGAAUACAUCUCUGUCAGGGGAGCAGGACAGCGGACCUGACAUCGUCUUCACUGACAGCAUCCUAUUCAGGAGGCUUGAAGUGUUGAACACGUGGGAGGAGAUCCAACAGUUGGAGGAGGAGAUUAAGGAGAAGCUGGUGCCCACUGCUACAACCGCUGUCACUGAAGGAUGCAUCAAAGAUCAGAAGGCUGAGAUACUGAAACUAAUUGCCUCAAAUGAUCGUCUAAGGUCCGUUAGCAAGGAUCUGGAAAACAAGAUCAACGUGGUGCUGAACCGAGAGAAAGCGAGCAAGGCCAUAAAACGGAUACUGUGGGACGAAAUAUACUGUGAUCUAUAAGCACAGAGUGGAUAGCUUCAUCUGCAAGUAAACCAGAGAAUAAUUUGUAGAGACUGACAUUUUAAAGUCAGUAUAAAUAAAAUGAAAAUAGAUGUAAGUAAAUAGAUUCAAGCAACUUAUAACGAUGUGAUUAUCUUUUCCUGCGCAAACCCUUGAAAUUUAGUUCAUAUAGUGCAUUAAAAGUAUUCAUACCUGUUGGAAAUAAUCAGUUUUCUGCAUUAUUUGGAGAUAAAAUGUUAUCUGAUCUUCAUUUUAGUCACAUAUACAGUAUAGAUGAACACAAAGUGCUAUAACUGAAAGCAUACAAACGCAGAGCAGCAUUUCUUCCGUGGUGUCCUGCCAUGGACAUCAUGUUCUUGGUGGUAGAUUCAUAGGCAGAUGUGUUAACCAGCUCCAAUGAUUCUAUUCAGCCUUUAGUGCUCAACUCACUGAACAUUUGGUGUCAAAGUCAUCUUAGCUGGGUGCCCACUUCUAGGAAGAGCAGCCAACAGUACUAACUGAUCUUUAUUUAUACACAGAAUAUAGAUGUGGACUUCUUAACAUCCAAAUUCUAAGAAUAUUUUAUGUCCAUUUCCAAUUUUACGAAAAAAAUAUCCAUUACAAUGCCUGCAUUCAGAAAUAUCAAUAAGAGCUGUGUAGUUUAAUCUGUAAUAAUGUGUCCUAUUUCAUAAUAUGGUCGAGGGUCGAGGAUCUUCCUCAUUUGCUGACGAACUAGUGUUAUGCUAAUAUAUCACUAGUGCUAUAUAUGUCAAAUUAAUGUAGUGGACUAAAAUUUGUAAGUAAAUUAAUGUGCAGUUAUACCGAAAGUGCUUUAGAUUCAGUAAUCACAUGCACAUGUUGGGGUUUCAUAACAGAGAAUGCCGCGUUUUAAAGAUUCUGCCAUGCAGCAGUUAAAGUGCAGCUGAAUUUGACACCAUGUUGUUUUCGUGGCCCAAAGCGAUCCACUUAGUCUUUGUUAAUAUGAGCAACGUCCGCCUUAAGGUACAAAUCAAAGAAGUUUUUGUGCGUAGAGCCUGAAGGGUCCGUGUACGGAUCUGGUACUUGGAUUCUCCGUUCUGAAACGGGUAUUGAAAAACAAAAAACGAGUGGUUAUUUGGUUUUCGUUUUAAAAUACAAAAAUUAAAAUUGAAAUACAAGGCGUUUUUCCUUUUCAUGAUCAAAAAGGGAUAUACGAUUUUUUUUUUUUUUUUAUAAAUGCUUUGAUUUUCGUUUUAUAUUUAGAAUAACAAGAAAGUAAAAUCAGUAAGAGACAGAAACGAAAAAAGGUCCGUUUUUUCAUUUUCUGAGACCGGAAGUGGUCAUCAGCAAGUGUGGAGCCAAACGACAACAACAUUCUCAGAGGGCGGAGCCAAAGAGCAGUGAUUGGUCAGACUGACUGAGAGCCAGAGAGCAGCGAUUGGUCAGACCAUAGAUAAUAUAGAAGACAGCGCGCUAGCGUAUCUCGUCUAUGUAUAUCUAUGGUCGGCACAUCUGGUAGCAUCUGUGGCUGCUGUUGACCUUGUUUUUGGAGUAAAACACGGUGGAAGCUGAAUUAGUGAGGAUGACUCCUGCUCCUGUCAUCUCUAAGCUCCUCACACAUCUUUACCUGCACAUGAGGAAAAUCACUCCUGUAGAAUGCAGAUGUUCAGAGGGAGAUGAUGCCACAUCUGGUCCAGCUGAUGGAAGGUCUUGAAGUUCUCUGACUGGCCUUGACUGAAGAUGGUCGUCUCACUGGAUUUAAGGUUCAGAUGCUCAGUAACAAACUCCACCAAUGUGCCAACAGGGAAGCUUUAGGUUUAUUAAAUGUUGCUAUGAAGGUAUCGCUGUUUUUCUUUGUGAAUGCAAUGUGCUCCAACUGAAACUUGAAUUAGAACUUAGAAGUAAAUCCUUCCAUCUGAAAGGAUUUAGUUACAUUAAUAACCUCAUAACAUUCUAAUUUUUAUUCCAGUCUUGGUUGGAAAUAGAAUCUCUGUAUUGAUUCAGGUAAAAACUGAACUUCACAGCAUGUUGAAGCAAAACAACCAGAUGAAAACUGUGAUGGUGUUGGAUUGUCAGACCGUAAUGUUGCAGCUCAAAGCAGCUUUUCUAUCUCAGUUCAUUCUGACAUUCAGCUAUGAAUCAACACAGCAGAUGGUGAUCCAUGCUGUGGAAGUCUCACAUCUCCUGAUUUAAUGGAGCUGCUUUGUACUUUUUACACUGUUUAUUCACCAACACUUUAUUUAAUAAAAGUCCCAUCUAGUUUUUAUGAGGAA